AUGGAGAUUUUCGAUGUUUCCGCGGACCCCUUUUACAUUGGGGUGCUCCAAGAAUACAAGGAAAGGCGCCUGAAAGCCAGAGAAAAAAUGGGAAAAGCCGCAGUGCCAGGAAGGCCAAGGGAAGACAUUAUCCGGGAGUUCAAGCUUCUGCAACAUGAAAACAUAAACAAACCUGGAGCAGCAACGACCUCUGAGCCAGCUGUUCUGCCAAUGCCUUACGAAACUUGCUGGACACCUCUUCAUUGGCUGAGCAAAAUCAUGGUCUCAGACCUGCGCCUCGGGACUCACCACUGGGGAUGCUACUUGUUGCUGAGAACAGUCACCCCGGCAGAUGUAGAGACCGGUUCUAGAGUCAUCGUCGAGGACGAGAAAGGAGAUGUCAUCCCGCUGGAGCUUCACCAUCAAGGUACAGAGCUAUCAGGUGCACAGAAGCUUGCCGAGGGCUCGGUGCUCGGUGUGAAGAAGCCUUAUGUGCAAGUGGUGGGAAAUGCCUACCAUGUUCGAGUCGACCAUCUGUCAGAUGUCAAAUUUCUUCCAAAGUUCGAUGAGUUGGUCCCGGUAUCCUGGUCUGACACAUCCACGAAGUACAAGGAGCCGACUGACUGGAAGUUGGCAGGGAAGGGGGCAUUUGACAGAGGCGAUUAUCGCUCGGCUAUUGACUGCUACUCGAAGGCGCUCACUUUGUCCCCCUCGAACGACUUAGCGAAUACGAUCCAGCUAGACCGCGCCAUGGCUUUCCUCAAAACACAUCAGUUUGACGCCGCCCUCGACGACAUCGAAGCAACAUUGCGUGGCCCCGAACAAUCCGAAACAGCCCUCUUCCGGAAAGCGUUAACCCUCUACCAUCUUGGUCGAUUCAAAGAAUCAUGUGAUAUCCACGAUUUGCUUGGGAAAAAGUAUCCAGGAAGCCCCUUGGCUCGACACGAACGGGCGUCGGCACGACUUGCAGAGCAAGAGAGUGGUAGGUACGACUUCAAAGAAAUGCAGCUCGAGGCUAGUAAGCGUCGACCUCCACACCUUGACAAUGCAAGCUACAUCGGCCCUGUGGCCUUGAAAGAAACUGGAAAGCUAAAGAAAACUCGGAGGCUAAGAAUGCGACUGUUUACAACAGAAGCAGUGAAGGCCGGCGACCUUCUGCUCUGCGAAAAGGCGUUUGCUCAUGCGUUUCCCGGAAGCGAUAUCUCGAGCGGAGUUAAUUUGCUACUGAACCCCGAGCCAGAACAGGCCACUAUAGGUACCCAGGGAAAGCUUCUGGAUAUGACAACCCAGAAGCUUUACAAGAAUCCCUCCUUGUCGUCGACCUUUGCCGAUCUUUAUGGCCACAAGUUCAAUCCCGUGGCCUGCCAAGACGUGGAUGGUCGGUCCAUUGUCAAUACUUUUCAUGCCCAGAGAAUCAUCCAGCUGCACAGCUUCGGAUGCCCCCUUUCCUCCCGCGAGAGCCACGUCGCCGCUGUAAGUUCCUUGACCGCAGCCCGGCAGUUCCACAAGAAGUUUUUCAUAUGUGGAAUCUGGUCCUUGGCAUCGUACAUUAAGCAUUCUUGCCUUAGCAAUGCCCGUCGCUCGUUCAUUGGAGACAUGAUGAUCGUACGUGCCACCCAAGACAUCGCCGCUGACACCGAGGUUACCAUCUCCUUCCAGACACCACUUGCUGCCAACCUUGAGGAAACUGCGGUCAGCCUCAAGUAUCGGGGCUACAAGUACACUCCUGGCUUACUUGCAAGCACACGGACCGGGGAAGUCGGCUUUCAGCGCAUCGAAGAAAUUAUUUCCAAGAUCGCCGACACCUAUGAUCGACCGGCCUCCAAAAUCCCCCGCCUCGCACUUUGGGCCCCGUAUCUCGCCCUGGCUAGAGCCUAUCUUCACAAAGGUAAGUUUGAGAAUGCCAUCGAAUCCGCCCUGAAGUAUCUGGAAGCACUCGGUUAUGUGAUCGACGGCUUCGACGUCCCGACUACCUCGAACACCUCACUGAUCGUCCAGAAGUGGGGGAUGAUGACCGACUCUAAUGUGGGAUGUUGGUUGAUUCUCUCUAGCGCGUACCACGAAGUCGCACCUUCACUAGAAAGUCAGGCGAUCGAGUAUGCAAAGAUCUCUUACAGGAUCUGUGUAGGUGAAGACGAGACCUUUUUCGAAACCUACUAUGAAACGGAAGGUGAAUGA